CAGUCGAGUCAAAUCUACUGCUCGCUGCUCAUCAUGCGAUAAGUCAAACGUCAACUGGAUCGAAAGACUUCAAAAUGCGUGUCGGUCACUUGCUGUUUUCUGUGGCUUUGCUACUCACUCUGGUCUGCAGAUUUUCGAUUGGACAAAACGACGAAUCAGAAGUUUAUGGAAACGGUGGAAGGAUUGAGAUCGAGUUGGACGGUCCUGAGGUCCAGAUACAACGACCUCCGAGGAAAGAAAAUAUUUUGACGAUUCCAAAUCGCAGAAGUCGAAAUUGUGAAAAUACUGGGGAGGCGAAUCUCGAUGAAAUAUCAACGAACGACGGGACGGACGAGGUCGAAAGUUCGUUGGAAACUGAGGCCAACGAAGCUCGGAAAGAAGGUGCUCGAUCGUCGGACUACCGAAUGCAGAUUUUUGAAAAAUCGCGAACUUCGUUGCCGAGUGAUCGCAACGAGGUGGAAGAUCGUUCGAGCCUCCAGAAAAGCGCUCGAUCGAAGAGGGAAAUCUUUUUUAAGGACAUUUCCGUGGACCCUGGAUUUUCGUUCACCACGAAGGAAAGUGGCAGCAAAUUCGAUUUUAACUUGUCUGUGAAUGCGUCGUCGAGGACGAAGACGUGUCAAGACAGCUUGGACUGUGAGAACAGGGACAUGAUAGAAAAGCAGCGACCAGUCAGGCAAACAAACAGAACGUCAGCGCUCCAGAAGUUUGUAGAGACUCACGUGAACCAAGGUCGCGAGUUGGCAAAGAAUUUCCAAGAUCGAGCGAGAGCUUUGGUGGCGAGAGGAUUGUGUCCUCGCAUGCACACGCCAUCGAUGCUCAACUACAUCCAUAGCAAGUCUGGCAACGACGUUGUCACGUUAAACGAGCAAUCGGAAUCGGCACUUUUUGGGACGAAACUGUUGCAGCAAACUCUUGCACAGGAUUACAAUAUGACGGCUGACGGAUACGUUCAUUUUCUUCGGGAACGAGAUUUUCGCGUGGUGGAUGAAAACGUUUGUCGGCCGGCUGUGUAUCUUGCCUGCAAUCCCUCCGCUAAGUACAGAAAUAUCGAUGGCUCUUGCAACAACAUUGCUCGUCCCUUUUGGGGUCGAACGAAUUCUGCACUCGGAAGAGUUCUGCCAGCUCGUUAUUCGGAUGGAAUCCACGGGAUGCCGACUAGUGUGACCGGGGCCGAGUUACCGAAUCCUCGGGAGCUGAGCGUGCGAUUAAUCACACGAGGAGAAAAACACGACCCGGAAUUAAGUCUCGUUGUGAUGCAAUGGGGUCAAGUAGUGGCUCACGAUUUGGCCCGUCAAGUUCCCGACCAAACGGCCGAAGGGGGCAUCGAGUGCUGUGCCGACGGUGGAAGAGCUGUUCUUGACAAAUCUUUGCAGCAUCAUUCGUGCGCUCCAAUAGAGAUAUCGCCGCACGAUCCUUUUUAUUCGCGAUUUGCUCAGCGAUGCAUGAACUUCGUUCGAUCGAUGACGGCUCCGAGCGAGACUUGCACACUGCAACCGGCCAGACAACUGAACGCAGUUACGAGCUUUCUCGACUGCUCACAAAUGUACGGAGUGAGCGAUUCCGAGUCGAAAACGCUUCGGGCGUUUUUUGGUGGGCGAUUGAAAGCUGAAUAUCGACGAGGUCGGUGGUGGCUGCCAACAUCGAGAAACCAAUCGGACGUUUGCGACGUGUGGACACCGAACGAUUUUUGUUACGUUUCCGGCGAUCCUCGGACGAACCAGAACCCCCAACUGGUCGUCCUCCACACGCUUCUCGUCAGAGAGCACAAUCGGGUGGCAAUGACAUUAUGGGCAUUGAAUCCCCACUGGAACGAUGAAAAAAAUUUUCAAGAGGCGAGACGAAUCGUCAUCGCGGAAUAUCAGCACAUAACUUACAACGAGUGGCUGCCACUGCUGUUUGGCGAAGCGAACAGUCAUUCUUCGAAACGAGUCAAAAGGACAAUGUCUAACGAGUACAAUGAGAACGUUGACCCAUCAACGGUAAUCGGUUUCACGACGGGAGUUUAUCGAUCAUUGCACUCCAUGGUCGCAGGAAAUCUCGGCGUUUGCGACCUCGAUCGAAACAUCGUUGACGUUCUCAGGCUGGAAAAUUAUUACUUCAGGCCGUCCGUCAUAGAAAAUAACGACAAUUUCGCCGGCUUGUUGAGAGGUCUCGUGGCACAAUACGUCGGAAUGCAAGACACCGUUGUCACUGAGCAGGUGACAGAAUUCGCGCUCCGUUCUCGCAACCCUUUCGGCAUGGAUUUGACCUCCAUUGAUAUUCAGAGAGGUCGAGAUCACGGCAUGCCGGGUUACAACGCUUAUCGCAGAUUCUGUAACCUCCGUCCGGCCCGGACUUUCAGUGAUCUCGAUGGGGAAAUAUCGCCGGAGAACAUCGAACGAUUACGUCGCGAAUACGCUCACGUGGACGACAUAGAUUUGGUGGUCGGAGCAUACAUGGAAAAUCUCGUGCCCGGAAGUCGCUUGGGGCCAACGAAUUUUUGUUUGUUUCGAGAACAAUUUUAUCGAACUCGAGCAGGCGACCGAUAUUUCUACGACAACGCCAACUUCUCACACUCCUUCACGCCUGAACAAUUCGAGGAAAUAACGAAAGUUACGCUUGCUCGUUUGGUUUGCGAUACGGAAAACGGCGUUGGUCACAUACAGCCUGAAGCGUUUCGAGCCAUAUCGUGGAACAAUCCACUCGUCCCGUGCAGAACUUUGCCCAAAUUGGAUUUGACUCUGUGGAAGGAAUAAAUUACGAAUUAUUCACAAAUUUCAUUCAAUUUUCAUUAAAAUGUCAGUGAGAUCGAGCUCGAAACGUCCACUAGAAAUUUUUUAAGCUCAAAAUGAGCUGUAGCAUGAUCGAGUUCGUAUAAAUAUCGUACGUCCUUCUCGAAUACUCUCAUACAAUCGAAAAUAGUGAAAAAAAAAAACUUUUUAGUUUUAAUAUUUCGACUGCAUCGUAUAAAAUAUGGAAAAAACCAGUUUUCAGGCCCCUCAAAUGGGAAGCAGGGAUUUGAACAAAAAAUGUACUGAGUCUAGAGAUAAGAGGGGAAAAAGAAAAAUGAUAGAAAGAAAAGAGAUUUUAAAAAAA